AUGGUUUGCUGCCGUCGAAGCACAGUUCCAGCUCAGGAAAAUAACAACGGACGCAACGAAGUAUAUGCAGUGAUAGCUCGCAUGGAUCAAGAAACACUCAUCGUGGUUGAAAACAUUAUUUCUAAUCCGCACGAAACAGAUAAGUAUAUCUUACUUAAGGAAGCACUGCUUAAUCAUUAUGCCAUUCCUCAGGAACGCCGUUUCAAAAUGUUGCUAUCCGGCGUCGAACUACGUGAUCGAAGGCCGUCUGAACUGCUGGCAGAAAUCCACCGCCUGGGAGGAAAUCAUUUAGACGCAGCAUUUGUGCGCACCAUUUGGUUUGACCGUCUUCCUCCACUGAUAAAGCUAGCACUUGCUGGCACUGGUGAAGAAAACAACACUAUUCUCGCGGGAACAGCAGAUCGCCUCAUGGAAGUGCAGCGAGGAUAUGAAGAUCCCGGUAUAAUGGCUGUGACCUACAAAUUCGUUGCUGGUAGUGACAUGAAAAAACAACUUGACGAGUUGGUAAGGCAAGUCGAAAAGCUGGCUCAGAGGCUCGACAAAGCAUCAUUCAACGGAAGCAAUCGCAGUAAAAGUACACCAAGCGCGUCACAGGACAAUAUUGCAAGCACACCAUAUUAUUAUCAUCGAAAAUUUGGUCAACGUGCCAAAAAGUGCACACGGCCCUGCACGUUUCAGGGAAACACAAAUGGCCCCCAGUAG